AUGGGCAAGAUAAAAAAUUCUGAGGGAGCGAGGAAGGGAAGCAUUGACAAAAUAAGAUUGAUCAUAGGAAAAGCGCAAGCUGGCCUCUCGCGGUCCACAAGGGGGAGGGAAUACCACUUUGUGGUAAUUGCAACGAAAGGUUGGGAACCAGAGAGGUUCAUUGUUGAAUUGGGUUGUCUAAAUAAUCCUGAGUUUUUGAGAUUGCUAAAACAAGCUGAGGAAGAAUUUGGAUUUUCUCAGGAGGGAGCUCUUGCGAUUCCCUGUCGACCAGAUGAGCUACAGAGCAUCCUCGGAAUAACAAGGCUGAUUGUUGACUCUGACCAAGAAGAAGGGAUUGGUAAAAGGGAGGUAAAAGCAGAUCUUCGCACUAGAGUAGUGGACGUUAUACCUGCAGUGACGUACGAUUGA